AUGGCGGACUCGGGGCCUUUGGAAGAACUCAAAAAUUACCACAGGCCAACUACGGCCAAGAAGACCUAUGGCAAGAAGAAGAAGACCGCCACGGCGGCACAUACUCGUGCUAUGCAUUUCGAGUUGUUUGGCGGCGGCGGCGGAGAAGACGAGAAGGAGAACGAGAUCGAGAACAAGAUCGUGGACGAGAUGGAGAAACUGACGAUGGAGAAUGAUACAGAAUCAGAUCCAGUUCCAGAUCCGUCGACACAGCCUACGGGUAGUCAAGAGCAAGAGCAAGCAUUGCCGGUCAGACACAAACCAGAUCCAGAUUCAGCCCUCCAGCCUGCCAGUGGUCAAGAACAGACAUCGCCGGUAAAAUCAAAAGCAGAUCCAGCGAAACAGAAGACUCGAAAGGUUCGAGGACGACGGGCAGAUCCGCCCAUCCAACCUGAGCAAGAACAAGCAUUGCCGGAAAAACCAAAAGCAGAUCCAGCAAAACAGAAGAAUCCAAGACUUCGAGGACGACUACCAAAUCCGCCCACCGAGCCUGAUCAAGAACAAAUAUUGCCGGCCAAAGCAGAUCCAGGUCCAGCAGAACAGAAUCCAAAGCGUCCAGCGCGACGAGCAGAUCCGCCCAUCCACCCUGGCCAAGAGGAGACAGUGCCACCCAAAGCAGAUCCAGAUCCGCCUGUCCAGCUUGAUCAAGACCAAGCAUUGCCGGUGAAAGCAAACCCAGCAAAACAGAACCCCAAGCUUCGAGGACGGCGCAAGGUGGCAACAUCCCGGAAAAUGGCUGUAAGUCUCAAAGAUGGAUCGAUCUAUUAA